AUGAGCACAUUCCACAGGCUAGUGUCAGUGCAUCAGUCAUGUGGGGGCAUGAGUGGAGAUGGGGCCCAGUCCUAUGCUGCCACAGUCAUUAGUGCCGCCAAGAGUUUUACCAAGGGCCUGACAAUGUUCGGAGAGAGCGUAGUGAGCAGUGUGACUGGAUCCAAACCACAAAGUCCAAAGAAGUCAGAGUCAGCGUCAGCUGUGGAUAAUGGUUUUAGACCAGGCAUUGUCUCUAUUAUAGACAUACAGAAUGUCCACGAAGACACGAUGUCUGUAACAGAUGACAGUGAUGGCGAGGGUAUCAUUGCGCAUUUCCACGCCCACGCGAAUGAGCCUGUGGCGGGAAUGGCCUUUGACCCCAGUGGCACUCUACUCAUCACGGCCUGUAAGCUGGGUCAUAACUUCCACGUGUUCCGCAUCAUGGCGCACCCGUGCAGCUCAUCUCUGGGUGCUGUACAUCACCUGUACACGCUCCACAGGGGUGACACAACAGCUAAGGUUCAGGACAUAGGGUUUACACCUGACAGUCGAUGGGUGUCUGUCAGUACCCACAGGGGCACCACCCACGUGUUCCCCAUCACAGCCUAUGGAGGAGCUGUAAGUGUCCGAACCCACUGUAACGCCGAUGGUGAACAGAGCAGCCGGUUCCACAAGAGUGCUGGACUGGAAGAGAUUGACUACUCCUCAGCUGGCAGAAACAGUCCUGUGUUGUCAGGAAGUCCUGCUCUUCUGGUGGGUCACGAAUCCUAUCCUAGUCUUAUCAGGCAGAAUGCGCUCAAUAACAACAUGGGAAACCCUAGGCUGCCCCCAUACCCUCAUCCUACGACACUCCACCCACUAGCACAGAUCAAAUUGUCUCCCCUUCCCCUGCCGACUGUUGCCACCACGGGGGGGCGCACCCCGGCAUCACCUCAGACGCCAGGAAAUGUGGACCAUGUGUGCUGUGUGGCUGCAUGUUUCGCUGCACCAAGAGGCUGGGUUGCUGGAAGUCCGAACUUGUCAGUAGAGAGGAGAGAAGGUCGGCGGCCUGUGGACUCGUUGUUUGUCAUCAGUCACUCUGGAAUUCUGACAGAGUAUGUGCUGGAGCCACGGCCCAAGCCAGGCUACGUGGACAAACUCUCAGAUGAUUCACCACUGGAUCUCAUCGUCACAGGCAGGGUACAGUGGAAUCUGCUGCGCUCCAAAACCUCGACAGAAGUGAAGCUGCCUGUACAGAACAACAACCCGCUGAUAUUAGCAUCUGACGCAGUCAUCACUCAGCAACCUACCAUGUAUUCAGAUCAACAAGAACCUGCACCAGUCACAAGGCAUGACUCUAAGGACAGUUUGUCAUCAGACCACAGCAGUAAGGAAGACCUUGAUGAACAGUGGUUGUCACAGGUGGAAAUCAUCACCCACGCCGGUCCUCACCGCCGCCUCUGGAUGGGGCCUCAGUUCAGCUUCAAGACGUACCAGAACACUCAGCACACAACUGUCUUACACUCUGGCUCCUCCUCUCUCCUCUCCCACAGCCCAGAGACUCACAUCUCCACCAUGGAUAUAGUCACAGACGACUGUGACCUGGAGAGUCUCAAGUUACAGCCUGCGCGAUCCAGCCCUGUUGCCAUGCCUGCAACAAGACCUGCCUACCGACGGUCGUCAGGGAGUGACCAAUAUAGCCCUUCCCCUGGACGUGCUCAGCCAAACACCCCACUGUACAUUGAAGCAGGUAGUUUUGACCAAUCCCCUCACCUGAGCGAUGUCUAUGGCUGCUGGACAGAGUCCACUCAUGGUCAACAACCACGCAGCAGCUGUGAGGAAGAAGACGACAGACUGCGGGAAACGCUUGCCGAGGCUAUGAUCGAAUCUCCAACCAAAGAUGGAGGUCCAGCAGGCAGCAGCAGGCAAGAAAUUUAUCGGGAAAUCUGUGAGACGCUAAGCAGUAGUUCGGGGUCAAGUAGCGUGGGAAGAAGCGGUGGUUUAGAGGGGUCCUUGUCCGGGGGUCCCCCCAAGAGUCAGGACCAGGCGCUGUUGUUUCCCUCCAUCAAUGACUCGCCGGAGAUCAACUAACGGAAGCAAUCGGUUCUGUGAACAACAACUUUUGACAACAUAGAGGGGUCAGUUUGGGACCAAGUUCAUGGAUGUAGACGUCAUGAUGACGUCACGUGAACAGCUACCAAUCAGCUCAGGGAAGGUGGUGGCGCUUAUAUGACGCCAUAGAUACGGAGGAGUAUGAAGUGGGAGAGUAUCGUUACUAAAUAACUAUACGAAAGCAAUCCGACAGUUCAUUAUCAUCAGUUAUCCGGCAAAUAGUUGUGGAAACGUAAACGUCUCGCAUAGAAAGAAAAUACCCCUCAUCCUUUUCACGAGGUUUUCAUUUAAUUGAUAUUUCUUGGAUCGAUCACAUAUUACAAGGCUUCAAAAUGCUAUUAAAUCUUCGUCCUGCAUCCCAGUACAUAUACUUGUUACGUACUUAAAGUGGCCCAGAAUUAUCACAUUUUAUCUUGGCGCAGUACUUGCAAGGAUGGAAGUUAUGUAGGAGCAUGCCAGAGCACACAGCUAACUUGUCAACGGUGUGUCUGUGAUGACUCAACGAUGUGUUGGUGGGCUACCCUUCAAAUGGUAGUGGACUGAUUGUAGAAUGUUUGGACUGAUUUGUCACCAAGUCUACGUGCUACUGUAGUGAUUGUAAUGGUUGUGGUCCACUAGUCGCCUGCUAGAGGUGUGCUAGUGGUGCGUGUGCGGAUGACCUUUGAAUAGGUUAGUAUUGCUUAGUUAGCGCAUCACCCUACAUCCUGAACAGAAUGCUUGUGGGACACUAGUGGGUCACUAGAAGCCUGCUAACUGUGAGCCAGUAGCGAGCUUAUGGCACGCCACUGAGAACAUGUAGCACCAUUGUAACACAAUGUUACCAUAGUAUUUGGAAUAUCACAUCUUACAUAUCAAAUAUUUUUCCUCGUAAUAUUGUUCCUCCAUUCCGCUUGGUAUUUAGCGUCUCAGAUUUCAAAGAAGCUUUAUUAGUUUUAAUGUUUUAUCGAAAAGCAAAUAAUUUCAAAUAAAUUAUUAUUUUAACUUAGAUACGUAUUUUGCAUUGUUGACUACAUACUGUAGUAUGUAUGUUUUUUAGUGGUUGAAACCUAUUUUCUUGUUUUUUUUUACUUUUGAAGAGAUGUACAAAUUUGCAAAUUAAGACAUUUAAUGUGCUUCUGUACAUCAGUUUUCUAAAUGGGUGUAGGUCAUGUUGCAAUUACACCUGGUUUGGCAAACAUUUAUGAUUGUGCGGCGUUAUGGCUAAUGUCUAUCAAUGAGGUUCACCAUGGUGACUGACGAGAGUUAAAUACAGAUGAUCAGUGUAGCAUUUCAUCCAUGAGAACAUGAGUUCAGCCCCAGUUGAACUCAUUUUUGUUUUUUGUUUUUGUUUUUAUUGUAGCGGUUCCGUGGUUAGUACUGUAAUUUGAGGGAGAUACAGGACAUUUUUCAGUAUGUAUGUAGUGUUUAGGCUCACAAUGAAAACAGGACGUGCACAGAAGAACCUUGUCCAGGACAAGUGAUUCAACGUGCUGUUACAUUAUGCAUAUUUCACAGAUCAAAACCAAACUUAUACGAGCCACAAGCUCAGCACUUCAGUCAAAUUCUUUCCAUAGCAUAAUGUAAGUACACAUUGUUUAACCGCACAACAUUUUUUGUGUGACAUAUAUUAUUUAAUAAAUUUCGGGCAUUCCAUCCAGCUGUAUAGAAGGUUGCAUGACCAUUUACUAUAAAUGUCUACAUUUUUUGAUUUUGUCUUAGUAUUUCAUUUUGUAACAUUGCCAUUUUGAUCCAUUGUAACAUUGCACGCACUCUGCAUUGAAAUGAAGUUUUCGCCUUUCCAAUAUAUAGUUGCACUGGUAACAGUUUUGUCCAGUAGUUUAUUUUCUAUGUAUAAUUGUAAAAACAUGUACUUAUGAGUAACGUCAUUAUGUCUCCACAGGUCCCGUAAAGCUGUGACGUCAUUAUAUUAAUGUCAUCAUAGAAUGUUUACGUCACAGAAUAUAGGCCCGUAUAACGCCUACAGUUGUAACUGGAAACAAAUGUCUCUUGACGAGUGAGGUGUGUAAGGCUGUGGGGAAGUGUGCAACGGUCAUAAACAUAACCAGCGGUGUGUAAAUUGUUCUUGAGCGAGGUGUAAACACAGUUGAAAUAAAUAACAGUUGAUUUGUUGUGAAGUGAUAUAUAUAUAUGUAGACAGAAUGCAUUAAAGAAGACAUGAAAAAGAACUCUAAAACGCGAGAUAUGUUAUACCAAAACACAGAAAGGAAAGAAGAAGAACAACAACAACUGAUUAUUGAGGAAUAUUGUAUAUAUCUAUGCGUCAGGAAUUUAUUGAACUGGCGUCAGAGAUGAUAAUUGCUGGGAACGUGAGACCAGGUUAAUACCUCCUGUUCGGGAACUUCCUGCACAGAAUUGUUUUGACAACUUUCACCAUUGACUUCACCAAUGAAGACUACUUAAUUUCGGACUCACCGCCGGCGCUUUGAAAUACUGAAAUUUAAAGCCAUUUUUACGCCCAUAGAAAACAAAACGGAGCUUUUUUGUACUUUUCUAUACAAGGACACAUCCUAAGCUGCAUAUCAAGAAAUAAAAACCAAGCCUUUAAUGUGUUCUGUAAGUAUAAGCUUUGUUAUUGUGAUGGGGUGAAGCAGUUACUCUUUAAUCUUUAAGGUAAUGUCAGAUGUUGUUCACGUAUUAAAACAAAUGACCAUCACUCACGCGUCUUCAAACAAAUGAUAUACUAUGUGGUAUGUUAUUACGGUGUCAAAACAAUUAAAACCUGGAAAUAAAUGCCAGAUAUGGCAUGUUAUUACAACAUUAAAACAAUUACCAUCACACACGCGCCGUUUAAUAAAUGGCAUAUAUGGCAUGCUAUUACUACAUUAAAACAAUUACCAUCACACACGCGCCGUUUAAUAAAUGGCAUAUAUGGCAUGUUAUUACUAGAUUAAAACAAUUACCAUCACACACGCGCCGUUUAAUAAAUGACAUAUAUGGCAUGUUAUUACUACAUUAAAACAAUUACCAUCACACACGCGCCGUUUAAUAAAUGGCAUAUAUUACCUGUUGUUACGGUAUUUAAACAAUUACCAGCAAACGUCUUUAAACUAGUGGCAGAUAAGGAAUGUCGUUACACUAUUAACUCAAUUACCGUACAUAGGUCACACUUUCGUCUUACUGCCAGAUAUGUUGUAUAUAAAACAGUUACCUUUAAACACCUAAAUAUUAAUGUUAGAUAUAACAUUUUACGUCAACAAAACAAUUACCGUUAAACAUUUAAACGUUAAUGUCGGCUAUAACACGUUACGUCAUUAAAAUAGUUACCGUUAAACACCUGAAUAGUAAUGUCAAGUACAACAUACUACGUCAUUAAAACAAUUGCCGUUAAAACAGUUACCCUUACACCCCCCCACCCCCACC